AUGACGUCGGGCUGGGCGAUCUCUGAGGUUCCUCCGGGCCCUCUCAGAGGAAGGAGCUAUGUCCCAAGACACCGAGGAAGCCGGGGAAGACUGCAUCGAGAUGGCAGCCGCCAGCUGCGGUUCAGCGUUGCAACACAAGGGGCCCGGGCUGGGUCGGAUCCCUGGCGAUGCCCCAGGGGAGGUUUCGAAAACAAGGCUGUGGUGGGGAGCAUAGUCAGUGACAUGGAGAGCACCGCUCUCUGGCGCAGGGAACGGGAAGGACCCUGCAUCUCAAGCUCACUGGGGCAGGCACGAAGGGUGCCCCUGGGCCAGGGACCCCAGCCACUCUGGCCAGGGCAGGCAGCAAGGAUCCAGGCCUGGACCACUGCUUUGGGGGGUGAUGAACGUUUGUUACAAGAGGUUGGCCUUCCACCCCCUCCCGUGCCCCCCAGGAGGGGAGUCUGCCCCAGCCAUCUCAGCUCCCCAGCCUCCAGCAUCUACGAAAUGGGGACAAGAGUUAAGGAUGCUCAGAGGCCCCCGCCCCACCCCCACCAUGGGGGACCGCCGGCUGCCCAGGUGAGGCCCCCGCCCUGCAAGGGAGCCCCUCUUCCUGCAGGUGAGCCCCCCUCCCAUGAGCCCUCUCCCCCCACUCACCUAGCUGAGCUCCCCCCCCGUCCUCACGCAGGGGGCUGGGGACGAGGAAGGAGGCGCUCCGGCUCCUCCGGGGUGGGCGCUUUGCCUCGUCUAGAAUCCUCGGAUGAUUCAUCGGCACCGAAGGGCCUGCUGCGCCGGGGCCUGGGCACUGCCAGGGUGGGCAUCCCCCUGGGCUGGCCCGAGGCAUGUCCGCCCACACGCGGUGACCACAGCCGCCCUCACCACGGAGCUGUGGGCUCCCUGAGGAUGGAAGGAUAUCUUUUUGCUGGGUGGCCGGGGUUUGCUGUUUCUGACUGUCCUGACUCUAGUUAUUUUGAUGACCUUCCCGUGGCUUCCAUCUCAAGCUCCAUCCAAAGCUGUUUGACAGAGCAGUGCAUACCUGAAGAAUGUCUGGAAACCUCACAGGAAAUGAAGCUGAGAAGACAGGAAGGACGCUUCUAUCAAAUGACCAGGGAAGCCUGGAAAUUACUUGAUGGCUACACGCUUGGGUUUAUGUUAGAGCUCCUUGGACGGGAUGGUCGAAUAAAAAAGAUACUGAGUGCUCACGGAGUGCCCCCGGACCUGGGGACACGCCAGAAAAGGAGGGAGAGCUCCUGUGGAGCCCUCUUCAUCAAUCUCCGUCUCGCUGACCAGGGCCAUGAAGAACCAAGGCUUGCCAAUGAAAAUGGAGCAGCCGGUGACACCCCAAACGAGAGACGGAAGCUGCCUGAGCACGUGAGCUAACCGACGUGAGCUAACGUGAGCCCCGUUCCAGCCUCUCCCAAGCAGCCCAGAGCAAAGAAGGCCCUCAUUUUACCUGAAGAACCUCCAGAGAUGGCCCAGGAGGUGGUUACGGUUGCUCUCCGCUGUCCCGAUGGACGAGUGCUCAGACGGAGGUUUUACAAGACGUGCAGCUCACAGGUGUCGUUGGACUGGAUGAUGAAAGUGGGCUAUCACAGGUCCAUUUAUACCCUCUCCACUUCCUAUCCCAGAAGACCUUUGAAAGUGGGAGAAGACCAGACAUUAGAAGACACUGGUCUCACUAUGGACACUGUGCUGAACGUGGAGGAGAAAGAGCCCUCCCCCUCACUGUGAGGCUUGUGGGACCAAUCACGAGGGAUACGCACGCACUGGCUGUGAGUGGCACGAGGGUUUCGUGUGACAAUCAAGCUAAACGGCAAAUGGGCCUUCUGCAGGCAAACACUGACCUACCUUGGUAAUAAAUGGAUAUGCUGGCAGAGUGAA